AUGCCUGCUCCCGGUUCCGAUGCUCCCCUUCAGGAGCGCCUGCUCGCGCUCGCGCAAACCCUCCAGUUUGCCUGGUUCGCUGGCCACCUCACCCUCAUCAUCACCACUCUCCGCUACAGCUUCUCCUGGCUGCGCAUGAACUACUAUGGCGGUAUGGCUGUCUUCUGUUACCGCACCUCAUUUGUUGCUGCCGCCCUCACCUACGGCAUUGUUGUCUACAAGACCCAGAAGUCUCGCGCAAAGACUGGCACCCAGCUGCCCGGCGGCGUCAUCGGCCUCCUUGGCGAUGAGAAUAUCCAGUACCUCUUGAUGGCCCUCGUCUGGCUCAUUGCUCCCCAGUACCCUCUCGCGCUCAUCCCCUACUGCGUCUAUUCCACCUUCAAUGCUGCCACCUACGUCCGCGCCAACCUGCUGCCAGUCAUCAGCCCUGCGCCUCCUGCCGCCGAUGGCGCCUCGCCUCGUAAGACGUCCAGCCCACUGGCUGACCGAAUUGGCGCCUUCGUCAAGGAAUACUACGACUCAUCCAUGUCUGUGGUAUCGGGCCUUGAGGUUCUGCUCUGGUUCCGCAUCGUUCUGUCCGCCAUUCUCUUCCAGCGCCGCUCCUGGAUCCUUCUCGGCCUCUACACUACGUUUCUCCGCGCCCGCUACGCCCAGAACAGCCAUGUUCAGACUACCUUUGGCCAGCUCGCCGUUCGCGUCGACUCUCUCGUGUCCGCCCAGGGCACCCCUCCCGUGGCCCGUCAGAUCUGGGACAGCGUCAAGAACUACACCCGUCAGUUCCGCGAUGCCACCGAGCUGAGCCGCUACACUGGCGGUGCCGGUCCUGCUAAGAAGACCUCCUAG